ACACACGUCCGGUCGCAGCGCACCCGCUCUCGGACUAUGUAGGCCUGCGUGGCUGCCGGACUGGUCCCGCCGUCGAGAGUCGCGCAGGCUGUCGUGUCCAGGACAAUGGUUUGGCUUUUCGACUCCAUCUGUUUUGAUGUCACCUUAUUGGCACUGACAGCUGUGGUUACCUUCUAUUGGUGGAUGACAUCCAAGUACAGCUACUGGAAGUCAAGAGGGAUACCUUACCUCAAACCAGUACCAUUCUUUGGGAACGUCAAGGAUCUUGUUUUACAAAAGGCGUAUUGUGGGAAAGUUUUCCAGAAGAUUUACAAUGAUCUGGAAGGCCACCGAUUCGGGGGAGUGUAUUUCCUCUUCAAGCCCACUCUUAUUGUCAGAGAUCCGGAGCUGAUCAAAUCGCUGCUGAUCAAGGAUUUCCCGUGCUUCCACGACAGAGGGCUCGGAAUAAAUGAAAAGCUGAAUCCACUCAGUGCCAGCCUCGUCACUCUGUCGGGUUCCAGAUGGAGGAAUCUGCGUUUCAAGCUCGCCCCUGCAUUCACGUCCGGGAAGAUGAAGCGCAUGUCCAACAUCAUGGUCGAGUGCGCGCUUGAAAUGGUCAACAACAUAGCUAGACUAGUUGACAAGGACGGCUCUGCCAACAUGAAGUCAGUCGCCGCUCUCUUCACCACGGACGUCAUCGGAUCGUGCGCUUUCGGACUCCAGAUGAACUCGAUAAAGGAUCCCGACUCUGCCUUCAGAAAAAUGGGCCUCAAAAUUUUCUCCCCGUCGUUGCGAAGAUACAUCAGCAUUUUCGUUAUGACAUGCCUUCCUGUGUUCCUGCAAAAAAUUCUCCACGCUUUCAAAGACCGAGAGCUAGAAAAAUUCUUUAUGGACUUAGUGAAGGACACUGUCAGCUUUCGUGAACAAAACAAAAUAAUAAGGGACGAUUUUUUACAACUACUUAUUCAACUGAAGAAUGAUGGAAAAUUAGAACAUGAAAAAGAGAUGACGGAGAAUGAUUUUAAUUCAACAGGACUGACGAACGCAAGGGAUAAUCACACAGAACAAAUAGAAGAAAACGAACACGAUUAUGAAAUAAACGAGAAACAGAUGGCUGCUCAGUGCUUGGCAUUUUUUGCCGCGGGGUUCGAGACUUCAUCCUCCACCAUCAGUUUCUGCCUGUACGAACUGGCCACGAACCCUGGCCUGCAGGAUAAGCUGAAGCGCGAUAUUGAUGCAGCUUUGGAGCAGCACGACGGGAAACUGACGUACGAUUGCGUACUUGACGUGAAGUACUUGGACCUUGUUGUGGAAGAGACGUUGCGAAAGUACCCGCCGGCAGCGAUACUGACGAGGAUAUGCACGAAGCCGUACACGGUACCUGGUACCCGCUUGAGACUGGAGGAGGGUACCGACGUGAAGAUCCCCACAUACGCCCUGCACCACGAUCCUGAUCACUAUCCACGGCCGGAGGUGUUCGAUCCUGAGAGAUUCACCCCGGAGAACAAACGUAGGAGGCCGCAGUGCACAUACCUGCCUUUUGGCGAAGGUCCAAGAAUGUGCAUAGGUAUGAGGUUCGGCUUGCUGCAGGUGAAGAUUGGUUUGGCAACACUUUUGUCGAAGUACCAGUUCGAACCAUGCUCCAAGACUCGGAUCCCAUUGGUUCUGGACGAAAAGGCCAUCUUCACUUCCGCGAAAGGAGGAAUCUGGCUAAAAAUAUCAGAAAGGGAGAAGUAAUCAUGCAACCUAAUAGAAUAACCCCAGUUUUGCACCAGUGUCGUCCAUACGAUAGGCUUUUUUUUUGUGUAAUUUUUUUGAAAAUAAUCUCAAACGUUUAGCACAAUUAUUUUUCUAUGUGCAUGCGGAAUGAAUUAACUUGCAUAACCUCGUGAAAGAGAGAAUAAUUUCGAACCGAAUAUUAGCUCUGGUUUGCUCUCCAUUUUCACAUCUAUCCUUCUCUAUACCGAAUGCACGAUGUCGACUAGUCAUGAAGACAGAUAAAUUCUUUGAGUAUUUGUGAUAAUUGUGCUCUACAAACAAAACAUUUUUAAAUGGCAUUCCACUACAAUAAUUAAAAUACCACAGAAACCAUCUCCAUGUCUAUGUUUUUUUUUAAUUAUAGGCUAAAUUCGUGUUGUGAUCUGGUGUCCGGUUUUGUUGCCAAUGCCGUGUAUGCUGUGCAGAAACAAAGCUUAUCAUAAAAUGGCGUUUCUGACAUUGUU